CCACCUUCUUCUUUUGAAGGUCACAGCUCCACCUUGCUCAGCAGCACAUGGGCUAUUGCCCUCAGUUUGACUCGCUCAUUGAGCUAAUGACUGGUAGAGAACUAUUGACGAUGUUUGCUCGACUCAAAGGAAUCAAAGAGAAGCUAAUACCAAAGGAAGUUGAGGCAGAAAUAGAGAGAAUGAACUUGAAACAAUAUGCUGACAAGAGAUGUGGGACCUACAGUGGUGGUAACAAGAGGAAGCUGAGUACAGCCAUAGCUCUAGUUGGUCAGCCUCCGGUUGUCUUCCUCGAUGAACCCACCAGUGGAAUGGAUCCUGUGACAAGACGAUUUGUGUGGAAUGCAAUCACUGGAAUCAUAAAAGAAGGAAGGACAGUGAUUCUCACCACUCAUAGUAUGGAGGAGUGUGAAGCCCUGUGUACCAGACUGACCAUUAUGGUCAAUGGAUCUUUGAAAGCUCUAGGCAGUGUCCAACAUUUAAAGAGCAGAUUUACUUCUGGUUAUCUCCUCCAGUUAAAAGUAGACUCAGCAAGAAGAACCAGUGAUAGGCCAAAGGAAAAUAAAACCAUCAGACAGCGUUUCACAAAGAAGCUAAGCCGAGCUUUCAGCUUUGAAAAACGUACAUGUAGAUCUGAAGAAGGUACUGAAGAAUUGGAGACUUUUAACAGCCAAGAGAGUAACACAAGAACAACAGCUGCAAAUGCUUGGGGUAGAGUUACCGUCUUGACUAGAGUGACUAACAGGAUACAGAAACUUGUUUCAAGGCGUGCCUCAGAAGACUCAAGCAAUAUUGAGGAUAGUCCUCUUGAAAAGGCCACAAAGAGGGCCAGCUCUGCCAUCAUAAACUUGUUCCCAAAGGCAACUGUAAUAGAGAAAUAUCUAGGAUCACUGACUUUCGAAGUGCCCAAGGAUGGUGCGUGUCUCUCUGAACUCUUUGAAAAGAUUGAACAAAUAAAGAGAGACAUUGGUAUCAUUGAUUACAGCAUAAGUCAACCAACACUUGAAAAAGUUUUUCUUCGUUUUGCAAAACAGCAAGACUAAAAAUGACUAAUACUAAUAUUCUUAGUUUUUCUCCACCAAAGCAGUCUAUAUUAUUUUAAUAUUUAAUUUUUAGUGACAGUUAUAACAAGAGUAUUAGAUAAUAAUUUUUUUUUAUUUUAAUUUUACCGGGUGAAUAGGCGGGUUGCAUCAUUAAGCUACGCCUCUUUUGCUCAUUAAAAUUAUGCCAAAGAAAUACUACUGUGACUACUGCUGCAAAUCAUUCCAGGAUACACCAAAGGCUAGAAAGAGACAUUUCUCCGGCCUAUCCCACCAAAGACAAAGGAAAUACUACUACGAGACUGUCAUUAUACCAGCUGCUUCUAAUAAUAAUACUACCGCCUUAUUGUGGAGCAGAAUGAGUGGAGAAGAAAUGCUUCAAGAAUGGCUCAAGUGUAAUCCAGGGAUGCAGAAAAGGAUUUUUAAUGAAUCAAUAUCACAAUAAUAAUAAUAAUAAUAAUGACUAAAAACACAUUAAAUAAUAAUUAAUUAUUAUGAGUCAAAAAAAUAAUAUUAAUAAUUAUGUCAUUAGUUCACAUCAUCUACUCAAAA